AUGUCGGCUCGCAACAGUCAGCGACCCGACUCUCGGGCUUCCACGACGAGUGCGACAUCCUUUCAGAACGAUGCCUCGCUGCCUCACGAUGCGAAAUCAGCCCAAGUCGCCUAUAUGAGCCAAGGCCCCGAGGCAGCGCUCCUUCAAUACCAAGCUAGCAUGGCACCUCAACCCAUUGCUCAAUACGAGACAAUGGCGCAGCAUCACAUGGGUCAUCAACAUUCGCAAAGUGUGCAGUUUCCGGUGCAGACGCAAUACCCUAGGAAUGAAUCGCCGUAUCUGCAGCAGGAGAUGAAUUUUCCGCAGCAUGCGCGCAUGGGCUCUGUUCCUAUCCAACCCGCUACUGAGCUUGUAGAGGGAGGACGGAGAAGAGGUGCUGCUGUCACCGCUACGAACGACAAGGAGCUACGGGAGAUGCUCGCAAAGAAUGAGGGACGGCCGCUGCGCGAGGUUGCUCAGGAAGUCGUCCAGAAGGAGCGUACACCUAUGGCUGAAAAGACGAAGCAGCUCUUUGCCAUGCUAUGGUGAGUUCCCCAGGAUUACAGUUAUGCUUUGCCCGCCACUGACUCUUCAAAGGCUUCGACAAGUCUGCAAACCAGCAAAGACCUCAGUGCCUCGGAAUCGUGUCUACUUACAGUAUGCCACAAGGUGUGGUACGGAGCGCGUGAUACCACUGAAUCCGGCGUCCUUUGGCAAACUUGUCAGGGUCAUCUUCCCAGGUAUCCAAACCAGGAGACUAGGCGUGCGAGGCGAGAGCAAGUAUCACUACGUGGACCUGGCCCUUGAGGAAGAGCCAUCGAACAUGCCGGCAUCGUGGCAAAGCGCUGCUCUCCAACAUGGGGACAGUCGGCAGCGUUCGCAAUCCGCCAGCACUUCGCAGAUUGACUUCAACAACAUUCCUCGCUUGCAGGCCGACACUGCUGCAUUUCCGAACGCCGAUGGCUCCUUUGACAUUCCUGCUCCACGGCCGCCAACGCCUCGUGGGCCACCUUCGAAGGGUCGCUCUUUCCUUUACCCGGAUACGCGCGGGAUGCAACCCAAUUCGCACGAGUCCAUGAUAUAUGCGCAUACACUUCGCUUCCCGCCAAGCAAUAUGCCGACCUUCACCGAAAACGAACCCGUCAACCUGCCGUCUAUACAUCCGUAUCUCCCACCACGUACAGACAUUGACACCGCCGACGCAUUGGCAGCACUCUACCGUACACACUGCACAUCACUAAUUGACAGCAUCCGAUUCUGCAAGGAGAAGCAGUUCUUCCGGCUGUAUACCUCUUUCCAUGGUACCCUCACUGUUCCUGUGCAGAAACUAUUUACACAUCCUAAUCUGGCACCCUGGAUAGAGCAAUGCGAUCUCGUCAUGUACCGCACCAUGGUACGCUUUGUCAGUCGCCUCACAUUGCAAGCCGCCCCAGUCGUUGUCAUCAAUAUCUUGAACAACAUCUCGCAAACCCUCCACAGCCACAUCUCAAAGACCUUCGCCAAUCAGCCACCCCAUGUCCUGGAGGCAAAGCUGCGGCCUGCCACCAUCUUUGGCGGCCUGUUGCAUCGCCUUAUUAGGGUGAACAGUGCCGCACACGCAGCUGCAAAUCUUCUUACGAUUGAUGAGAAUCGGGAACGAAUGUGGAUGGAAUGGGUUACCAUGGUAAACCCUAAGCGCGUCAUGGAAGCUGAGCUUCCCGACUGCGGAUACGAAGAAGUAUACAAGAUCAUGACGACAGAAAUGCGCAGCCUUCUGGAACCGCUGCAAUCGACUGGUUACCAGGACGACACCUCCUUCUACAGCUUCGAAGCGGACAACGGUGGUUUUGCGCAGUUUCUGCAGAGCCAGACUGCGCCACCGUCACGCAAUGGGCCAUCUCAGGUUUCGACCGAGAAUGUGCUGGAUCGCUGGUCUGGAUUCCUUUCUUCGUUAGCAGGACGUUUUCCGAACGCAUCGGCUAGAACCAUAUUGCACUGCAUAUCUGCUGUUGGCACUGCUGCCCUGCGCGACAUCACCAUAAUGAGUGGCUACUCUUAUCAACACUGGUGGGUGCUCAAGAUCUUUGUCGACGAGAUGGCGCUGUGGUUGGCCGAGAUGGGCGGCUUCCUCGAGCCUGCUGAAGCCAAAUCCCCUACAAGCACUGGCCAAGCCUUUCCCUCUCCAGUAGAGAACGGCACUGCGAGAAGCCACAGCGACAGCCGCAUGAGCAGCAUGGGACCUGGCACCACUGGCGCAAAUCAGGAAGACCAGUCCAAGUCCUUGUCGGGUCUUCUUUCUCAGUCGCACAACCCAAACUACACGGCCCUCCAGCACCAACAACAACAGGUGCAUGGCUUUCAUUUCCCACCGCAGCAACAUCAUCAUCACCAAAUCGCUCAGCACAAACAGCAUCACGAAACGGAUAUCGAUGAUAGCGGCAUUGGAAUGUCAUUGAUGGACGAGGAUUUGACCAUGUCCAAGUUCGGCGUCACUGGGCCUCAUGUUGCCAUGGAAGGCGUGAGUGCGACGGAUCUUUGA